AUGGACAACGACGAUCAGUCACUCAUAGAACAAAGAAGACAAUUCAGAAAUCUUAGCGAUCAGUAUCCUGAGGCGUACGACGUACUUUUGUUCACCAUCGACAAGUUCAGGCCUAAACCGCUCAUUCCCACAGCUGGUGAUUCAGUUCGUGCAGAAUGGGGACCAAGGAUGCCCAAUGAUGUCGUUGGAGCUACACCACGUCCAACCAGAGCAACAAUAAGCCCUGGUGGACCUCCACCUAUGCCUGAUGGGGGUGAUCCCCGCUCUCCAUUCCGUCCACAAGGAAGUAGUCUUGGAAUGGCAGGCGGCGCUGAUCCUCGGAGCAAUCUCGCCGCUAAAUAA